AUGGCUCGACCUAGAUUUGACGAGGAAGGAAAUGAGACAUUUUCUGGAAAAAUAGGAGUGUUUCCUUUUGUGACCCUCCAACCAGCUAUAAGACGAAGCAAAAACAGAGAUGCUGGAACGUUAGAGCUAAAAGCAUCAAACUCCGUGAAGAGAGAAGAUAUAAGAGCAUGUUUGAUUGAAAAAGUCAUUCCGGUAAUCCAUGAAAAAUGGCCAGCUGAAGAUCAGGGUAAGACUAUUUUCAUUCAACAAGACAAUGCAAGGACGCAUGUUGGGAGUGGUGAUAAACAAUUUCAAGAAGCUGCGUGCAAAAACGGGUUUAACAUACGUCUGAUGUGUCAACCAGCAAACUCUCCAGAUCUAAACAUUUUAGAUCUUGGCUUUUUUGCUGCUAUCCAGUCACUACAAUAUCAGACUUGUCCGAAGACUGUCGAAGAUCUUGUUCAUGCAGUAGAAGAAUCAUUCAAUGAAUAUCCUACAGAAAGGAUAAAUUAUAUUUUCUUGACCCUUCAGACAUGCAUGAAAGAGAUUAUGAAAGUGGGAGGAAAAACACAUAUAAAAUCCCGCAUAUGA